AAACAGCAUCCCAAAAGGGGAAAAGAGGAAAAAUAGGGACGAGGAGAGAGCCGUUGAAGAUAUUCGUCACUUCUCUCUCUCCAGCGAUCGAUCUCUUAAAUGGGCCGACCGCCGAGCACCGGAGGCCCGGCCUUCCGCUUCACGCAGAACGAGGUAGUAGAAAUGGAAGCAUGCUUGCAAGAAGUACAUAAUACAGUACCUUCUCGAGAAGUAAUCUGCUCCCUUGCAGAAAAGUUCAGUGCAUCGCCAGAUCGAUUUGGGAAGUUUGUUGUACAGCCAAAACAGGUCUGGAACUGGUUUCAGAAUAGAAGGUAUGCCCAAAGGGCGAAAUUGGGCAAGGCUCCUGGAAAGCUAAGUGUUUCACCUAUGCCCCGGGAAGAUUCAGCUGCCUUCAGAAAUGUAGCUCCUCCUAUUUCUGCUCCACCAGGAAGAAAUCCCUCGGAUAAUGCUCAAGUGGAGUUCGAAGCAAAAUCAGCUAGGGAUGGUGCGUGGUAUGAUGUUGCAGUCUUUCUCUCGCAUAGAAUGUUUGAGACAGGUGAUCCGGAAGUUCUGGUUCGAUUCUCAGGCUUUGGUGUCGAAGAGGAUGAGUGGGUUAAUGUGCGGAAAUGUGUCAGACAACGAUCUCUUCCCUGUGAAAAUGCAGAGUGUGUUGCAGUACUUCCUGGAGAUCUUAUACUUUGUUUUCAGGAGGGUAAGGAACAAGCUCUCUAUUUUGAUGCACAUGUACUUGAUGCGCAAAGGCGAAGACAUGAUGUUCGUGGAUGUCGAUGUAGGUUCCUAGUUCGCUAUGAUCAUGAUCAGUCUGAGGAAAUAGUACCACUAAGAAAAGUCUGUAGGCGACCAGAAACUGAUUACAGACUACAAGCACUGCAGACUUCCAGACUAUCAGCAUCUCUGGACCCGAAAGCUCCUUCACCUAAUGAUCCUUCUCCAGCAUCUUCCAAUGAUUUCAAUAUGGCAUCUCAGAAAACCCGAAAACACCGCAAACUGAUGGAUAUUAACGCAGAUGAGAUGAAUAGCGUAUCUCCUCAACCUCCCAAGGAGCCUACAACCAUGCAGACUUCAACUCCAGUAGACGUUGUGGAGACCAAAGCAACAUCGGAUGUGCCCAUGGAAGAUGCUACUGCAGUGACCAUCGUCAGUACUGAUCAACCACAAGGAACUGGCCCUGGUGUAUAGACUGCAACUUAUCCAACUGGUGUGCUUUCUACCACUUUGUAUGUUCUUUUUUUUGUGAUAUUCAGAUUAUAGGACAAAUUAACUGGCAAGGACUGAUAAUAUCUGUAUAGGAAAUUUGAAAACCGUUGCCGAUAAUUGGUUCUUGGCAGCUUUUCUUUCCCUGAUUGAAACCGCUUAGAGGCUUUGUCGAUUCAAGUCACCGCAGUUCCUGCGACUGUUUGUAACUUGCUUGCAAAAUCUUGAUUGUUACUCUUGGUCCCUAAAACCAGCAACGGACUUGAUCCACUGAAUAUUUUCGUGAAUGAGCAUAUGCAUUGUUGAUAAUA